AUGCAUUCCAGCCACAGCGAUGACCCCAAGGAAGCCAUUCGGCUGAUCAAGCAGCAGCUGGUGGCUGCCAUCAAGGCCCUGCAGAAGCAGUACGUCACCUCGGACGCCGUGGUUACCAGCGAUGAUGGGAACGCCAACAGCCUGUGCAGUGCCCUGGAGGCUGUUUUUGUGCACGGGCUGAAGGGCAAACAUGUCAAGAUGGAGAGUGGGGGGAAAGGGAAGAAGGCAGGAGGUCGGGGACCCCUUCCCCAACCUGUCUUUUGGGGUCUGCUCAAGAGCAUCACGCAUCGGAACAUUGUCUCAGAGCUGGAACAACUCAUCUUCAUCACCACGGACGUGGGGCGGUGCCGGGCCUGGCUCAGGUUGGCCUUGAACGAUGGGCUGGUGGAGUGUUACCUGAAGCUGCUGCUGAGGGAGAAGUCCAGGCUGCCCGAGUUCUACCAGACAACUGCUCUGCUCUUGGAUGCUGAGGAGUGUGAGUUCCUCCUUAGCUACUUGCAGGGCUUGACGUCCUUAACCUUCCAGCUCUCCUAUAAAUCGGCGGUUCUGAACGAGUGGACCAUCACCCCCCUGUCCCUGUCUGGCCUGUGUCCUGUCUCGGAGCUGCUGGAGCCCCUCACCUCCUCCACAUCCCAACCCCCCCGGAAAGCAUCCCUGGGAUCCAUCUCCCAGUCCUCGGGGUCGGAUGAGAUUGAGGUCCAACCUUCUGUCCUGCCCGUCAGCAGGGCUGGCACCAAGGCCAAGCUCACGGCGUCCACCCUGAGCCUCAACACCACCAGUUCCUCCCAGCUCUCCUCCAGUCUGGGCUCCGACUCCAUCCUGCCCCCCCCUGUCACCUGCAGCCCCCAGGGUGCUGAGGAGCCACUCUCCUGCAACUCCCACCUGGGCACGGCCACCACCGAGGAGCUGGACAGGUCUCUGCAAGAGUGAGUCUUCUCCCAGAUCUCCUCUCCUGAGGGGUUUAAAAGGAAGAGCUGGAUCUCAGAAGAUGAUUUCUACAGACCUUCUCCAGGAGAGAGCAGUGAACACGAGGCCAACACCAAUGGUUUUGGGCCUGAGGGGCCUGGGGAGGGUCCUGCCCCAGGGCUCAUCAGUGCCCUGGAUCUGGAGAGGCUGUCAGUGCCAUCCUUGGAGACUGGGAAGCCCAAGAUGUCACCUGAAGGGGAACAGAAAGGCUUCAGCGUCGUGCACCGCCGGCAGAUGGGUCUUUCCAACCCUUUCCGUGGCCUCCUGAAGUUGGGCAGCCUGGAGAGGAGAGGAGCCAUGGGGAUCUGGAAAGAGUUUUCCUGCGAGUUGUCCCCUCUGGAGCUGAGGCUCUUCUUGGCCCAGGAGGAGAGGAUCUGCGUGGAGAGCCACUCGCUGCUGCGCUGCGAGGCGCUGGCGCUCACCCACCCCGACGGGCGCUUCGACCUGGUCUUCCUGGGCAAGAAGCUUUCCCUGAGAGCUCCUUCCCGGGAUGAGGCCGAGGACUGGCUGGACAGGAUCCGGGAGGCUCUGCACAAGUGCCGACCUCAGGUGGAGGAGGAGGAGUGGGAGACCUUGGAGUAUCCAGAGGAUGGGGGUGGUGAAGGUCAAACCAGCCAGGGCGACUCCUCCGCUCUCCUCCAGUACGAUGAUGUGCCUGGGAACAGCUUGGACUGGGCUUCAGCUCAUGAACCAGAGCUGGAUGCCAUCAAAGAGGCUGUUCUCUACGUGGACAUGGACAAAACCUGGGUCCCUUUUAUUUUUUCCUUGUCCCUAGAAACUCUCAAAUGCUUUAAAGUCAGAAACAAUGAGAAAAUUUUAAGCAACAGUUACGGUAUCGAGACAAUCCAGGACAUCCUUCCAGACACAAGCCUUGGGGGACCUGCUUUCUUCAAGGUGAUCACCUCCAAAGCUGUCCUGAAGCUGCAGGCUGAGAAUGCAGAAGAAGCAGCUUCGUGGAGGGAGCUGGUCAGAGGGGUCCUCAUGUCCUACCUGGAGAGUGCCGAGGAGGCCCUGACGUUGGGGGGCAGCUUGGAUGGGCACUCCCAGGUUGUCCUGAAGAACAUUGUGAAGGAAAAUGGCUUCUUGUUGCAAUACCUGGUGGCCAUCCCCGUGGAGAAGGGCCUGGACUCACAGAGCUUCAUCUGUGCAGGCUGCUCCAGGCAGAUUGGCUUCUCCUUUGCCAAACCCAAGCUCUGCUCCUUCUCUGGUCUCUACUACUGUGACAGUUGCCACCAGGAUGAGGAGACAGUGAUUCCCUCCCGCCUCAUCCACAACUGGGACCUGAGCAAGCGAGGGGUUUGCAGACAAGCUUUCAAGUUCCUCACCCAGAUCCAGAACCAGCCACUGAUCGACCUGGAGCUGGUCAACCAGAGCCUCUAUGACCACGUGGAGAGGAUGAGACGGAUCCACCAGAGCAGGGAGCAGCUGAAGCUGCUGGGGGAUUAUCUCACCAUGUGUCGCAGUGGGGCCCUGAAGGAGCUGAGCAAGAGGCUGGAUCACAGGCACUACCUCCUGGAGUGUCCCCACAAAUACAGCGUCGCUGACCUGAGGCAGAUUGCUGAUGGUGGCUUUGAGACCUUCCUGCAGGCCCUGAUCCAGUUUGCUUCCCACCACGUCUACAACUGUGACCUGUGCACCCAACGUGGCUUCAUCUGCCAGAUCUGCAACAGCAGUGACAUCAUUUUUCCCUUCGAGUUUGACACAACCUCCAGGUGCAGCGACUGCAGAACCGUCUUCCACCGGGCCUGCCACACCAGCUCCCAGUCCUGCCCCCGCUGCCACCGCCGACGGCACUACCGCCGACCUUCUGACCCACCCAGGGACCCUCUGCCCACCCAGGGACCCUCUGAUCCCCCCAGGGACCCUCUGAUCCCCCCAGGGACCCUCUCACCCACCCAGGGACCCUCUGACCCACCCAGGCAAAACGGAUUAAAAGUUUAUUUAAAGAACGAGCGAAACCGNNNGCUGAAACGCACCAACCACCACUGGUGGCACGUCCGGAGGAGCGGGGACACGAGGCCCUUCUACAUCCCGGCCCAGUACGUGAAGGAGCUGCCCCCCAUGGCUGCCCCAGCCCCGCUCAGCCCCCCGCCGGGGCAGGAGCCGAGCGCCAGCGUCCCGGCCCAGGCCUUCGAGUACCGCUUCAUCCGGGCAGGGGAGCCCCACGGGGGAUGCUCCGUGCUCCCCAGGAGGGACUCGGUGCCCCAAAAGGAAUCUGUGCCAAGGAGGGACUCGGUGGCCCAAAGGGACCCAGUGGCCCAAAGGGACUCAAUGCCAAGGAAGGAUUCGGUGCCCAGGAAGGACUCGGUGCCCCAAAGGGACCUGGUGGCCCAAAGGGAUUCAGUUCCAAGGAGGGAUUUGAUGCCCCAAAGGGACCUGGUGACCCAAAGGGACCCGGUGGCCCAAAGGGAUUCAGUUCCAAGGAGGGAUUCGAUGCUCCAAAGGGACCCAGUGGCCCAAAAGGACUCGGUUCCAAGGAAGGACUCGGUUCCAAGGAAGGACUCAGCACCCCAGAAGGACUCGGUGCCCCAGGACUCAUUUUCCUGGGGGGACUCGUUGCCCCAGAGGGACACGGUGCCCUGGAGGGACGUGGUGACCCCCCGGGACGCUGUUCCCGAGGAGCUGGUGUCCCCAAGGGACUCAGCACCAGCACUCAGCUCGUUCCGGGCCCCCCCGGGGCUGAGCCCCCAGCCCGUGCGUCCCUCACACUCCCUGGAUGACCUGGGCCCACGUGUUGUCACCGCCCUGGGGUCCUGUGGGGACCCCCCUGGACACCCUCAUCCCCUUGGCAAGAGCAGCUCCCAGACCCUCUGUGGCUCCAGCAGGGACCAGGACAGCAGGAGGUGGCCCGGGGGUGGCCAUGGGGCUCAGGCACAGAAGGAGCUGCAGGAGCCACCUGCUCCCAUCUACCUCAACCUCCAGGAGCUGCAGGAAGAGGCCCCGGGUGCCCGUUGGGUGCCCGAGGAGCCCAGCAGGUCCAUGUCAGACUGGGAGACCCACACGGACACCAGCACUGGACACCUCUUCUACUACAACCCGGUGACGGGCGAGACCACCUGGGACUGUCCCUUUGGGCAGGGGGACGAUGCAGUGAGUCCCACCACCUCGGCCACCUCCUCGCCCACCCACAGCCUGGAGAUGUCCCAGUGGGAGCAGCACCUGGACCAAGGCAGCGGGCAGGCUUUCUUCUAUAACUCAGUGACAGGGGAGACGUCGUGGGACCUCCCCCAGGGGGGGGACACAGCCAGUCCCCGGGACGUGCUCCCCGGGGUGACGCGGUACGGGGCCAUGGAGCACAGGCGUCAGCCCAGCAGCCUGAGCACCCCGGAGCACACGGUGGAGCUGGCUGGGGCCACCCUGGCCUGGGCCACCAGGGACAAGUCCAGCAAGAAGCACGUCCUGGAGGAUGAACCAGCAGCUCUCGGGGUGGGAAAACCUCAUGGGUGUGAUGAGUUGGGGCCCGUUCUCAGCCCGGCCCUGAGCUGCGCCCGCGGGCACUGGGGGCCCGGGCAGGGAGGUGACAGUGACCUGAGCAGGGUGAGGAACAAGCUGCGCAGGUUCCUGCAGCGGAGGCCGACGGCGCAGGCGCUGAGGGACAGGGGCUACAUCCGGGACCCGGUGUUCGGCUGCUCGCUGGCCGCGCUGUGCGAGCGGGAGCGGGGGACGGUGCCCCGCUUUGUCCUGCAGUGCAUCCAGAGCGUGGAGAGGAGAGGCCUGGACAUCGACGGGCUCUACCGGGUCAGCGGCAACUUGGCCACCAUCCAGAAACUGCGCUACAAAGAGGGGACAGGGCCUCUGAGGUGCUGCCACCCCACAGAUGAGCACCUGGACCUGGACGACGGGCGCUGGGAGGACGUGCACCUGGUGACGGGCGCCCUGAAGCUCUUCUUCAGGGAACUGCCGGAGCCACUGGUGCCCUUCAGCCACUUCGACCAGUUCAUCAUGGCCAUCAAGCUGCAGGCCCCGGCCCGGCGGUCCCGCUGCCUCCGUGACCUGGUGUCCUCUCUCCCUCCCGCCCACCACGACACCAUGCAGGUUCUCUUCCGCCACCUCUGCAGGGUGGUGCAGUGCCGGGAGCAGAACCGCAUGUCGGUGCAGAGCGUCGCCAUCGUCUUCGGGCCCACCCUGCUGAGGCCACCCCACGAGGAGGGUAACAUGGCCAUGCACAUGGUCUUCCAGAACCAGGUGGUGGAGCACAUCCUCAACCACUACAGCUACAUCUUCCCUGAUGGAUAA